CUCCCCUCUCCCUACUGGAGCACCCCUGGCUCGUUGUUCUAUUGUUCCAGGGCCAUAGUAUAUCCUAGCUGUGAUUCAUCUCUGACUUUCUCUGUAACUCUGAAGCGCUUUCCACCGCGUCGCGUUCCUAUGAAUGACCCAACCAUUGAAAAUCCCACAAGUCUGGUCGUUCAUGCAGCUUUUAGAGAGGCUUGGGACGCGUUUUACGCUUGGGAACAGGAAUAUUGUCGGGAGUCUAUCCGAAACCUCGCCGUACAAGACAUCGACGAGGUAAAUGAAGACGAAUGGGAAAUCGGUCAAUCGGCGAGGUUGGGGGCUGAGGGGUUCUGCAUCCAGCAAUACCAGGAUGGUGACACCAUAACGUCUUGGCUACCUGUUGAAGUCAUCGAAGUAACAGCGCUGUUUCCAGAGUGCUCGCCAUAUGAAUCCUCACCUCUCGCCAGUCGCAGUGUCUUCCACGGUGACGACCCUGAUAGCAUGCUCUUUAUGCCAUUUGCGGAUGAUCCUAGUUUUAUUGAGAUUCCGCAAGAUGGAGACCAGCUGCACCACACAUAUUACACAGAGUUUGAAUGGCAGACCCUAGAUGAUCCCGAUAUUGAGAUCAUCGUCUCUGCCGCAGCGCAGAAGUUGAUCAAUUUGAACAAUAUGACCUUUGAAGAGAUAGACCACACAAACGUCUUCCCCUCGGAAAUGCAAGUCAUGGCAAAUCUUUGCCGUCGACGAGACUUGCUGCCAUGGCUCAGAACGUCCUUCUCCCUCCCGGGGUCCGGACCCAGGACUCGCGAAAUUUCAUUCUUUUGCAAUAAUUUAAACUGUUUAGUCAGUCAUUGCAUGGUCCAUUGGGAAUACAGUCCAAUACCUGUGAAACAAAUGCCUAAAAAGAAGAGCAUUAGGUUAUCCGACGAUAAUGCGGAGCCUUGUGGGCCGAACUGUUUUCUUCACGGAAAUUUGACUUUCAUCGAGAUGCAUUGGACUCCGGAAGAUAUCGAGACGUUGCAUAUCAUGCUGGACCAUGCCCCAGACAUGAUUCCAUGCGAACUCACGACCAUAUGUAGAAAGCCUUGCCAAGAAAUUUACAAACGUCGAUGUGUCUAUAUCCCAGAUGUUUUGGUCGAUGCUAUACCUCGCCAGCGGCCUCCAAUGCGUUACAGGAACUUGAAGAUCAAAGAUACAGACCACCAUGCAUUUACUCCAAAUAUACCUUGCGAGCAUGACGGUCCCUGCGACGCCCAAUCCGGCUGUCUAUGUUUUAAAAACAAUAAUCAUUGCGUGCGAAGCUGCCAGUGUGCCGGUCAUCGAAAGCCUUGUAUCCGCCGACGGACUGGGUGUGAUUGCUCAACCAGGGAAUGUCGGAGGAGCCCUUGCUCGUGCUUCAUGGAGAACAAAGAGUGCGAUCCUGAAUUAUGUCACAAGGGAAGAGCCAGAGACCUGGAGGACUGUACGAUCUGCAGGAACAUGGCCAUCCAGCGCGGUAGACAGAAGGCCGUGGAGGUCAAGGAGAGCCAAUGGGGGCUGGGUCUCUAUCUUUUAGAGCCUGCUGAGAGAGACGAUUUCAUUAUCGAAUAUGUGGGGGAACUCAUUUUUGAGCCGUCGGUGGAUACUCGAUGUGAUCUUGCUCGACAUCGAAAUCGAAACUACAUGUUUGAGUUGAAUCAAACCCUCACAUUGGAUAGCACAUAUCUCUCCAACGAAUCGCGAUAUAUGAAUCAUAGCAAGCAGUCUAAUUGUCGCUCUAUAACGAAACUUGUCAAUGGGGAACACCGCAUUGGGAUAUAUGCCAAUCGGAGAAUGCAGCCCGGCGAAGAGCUAUUGUUUGAUUAUGGAGAUAACUUCUUUCAAAAUGAUUAGGCGCCCUUAUUCUCCAUGAAGAGGGCCAUAUAGUUUCUAGUCAGGUCGCCCUUCCUAUUGAUUGACUAGUCGUCUGAGGAGACAGUACGAAGGUACAGGACUGGUAGCCGCACAAGGUAUACGAAUUGCUGCGUACUCGAAACAUUAUUUCGUGAACGACAGUUGAAAAAAUUAUUUCUGUUAGCUCCGAUGUCAAUUGCAGAUCUAAUAAAGCCUUUGCGGUAGUAUGCAUAUGGCGUGAAAAUACCAGCCCUCAAGGUUUCAC